UUCUUCUCCCUUCUUUAUUCAGGAACAAACUGGUUAAUAGAGAUUCUCAGCCUGAUUCAUUCCAAAGGGGAUCCCAAGUGGAUCCAAGAAGUACCCAGCUGGGACCGUUUUCCCUGGGUGGAAACUACAGUUGGAUAUGCAUCACUGAGUGAUCACAAGGGCCCACGCAUGUACACAUCCCACCUGCCCAUCCAACUCUUUCCCAAGUCCUUCUUCAGUUCUAAAGCCAAGAUGAUUUAUUGCAUUAGGAACCCCAGAGAUGUUGUUGUGUCUGCUUAUGCCUUCUGGAAAAAAAUGACUAUUAUCAAGACGCCUGAGACAUUUGACAAAUUUAUAGAACACUUCCUCCAAGGAAAUGUGAUAUAUGGAUCCUGGUUUGAGCAUGUUCGUGGCUGGUUGUCUAUGAGAGAGAGAGAAAAUGUCCUUGUUGUGAGUUAUGAAGAACUGAAGAAGGACAUCAGACGUACUGUAGAAAAGAUUUGUGAAUUCUUGGAAAAGAAAUUAAAACCAGAAGAAAUAGAUUCUGUCAUCAAAUAUAGCUCCUUUCAGUUCAUGAAAGGAAACAAGAUGUCCAAUUACAGCCUCCUGCCUUCGUCUUUUUUCACUGAGAAUUUUGCACUGAUAAGAAAAGGAGUCACUGGGGACUGGAAGAACCACUUCACUGUAGCCCAGGCCGAAGCAUUUGAUGAAAUAUAUCAGGAGAAGAUGAAAGGAUAUUCACCAAAUCUGUUCCCAUGGGAAACGGAAAAUUGCACAGUACCUGAAUGCUAGUAUCUGUUUUCCUGACCUUGCACUUAGGCAUUCCAGGCAGGUCAUAGUGUAAAACCUAUGAUUACCCUGUGAAGUCUUGAAUUACCAAAUCUUUACAAUUUUAAUGUUUUGCUUAUUAUAAAUUACAUGUUUACUCAUUGAUUUCAUAGUUCUUAGACUUUAGUAAUUCAUAUUAAAUCACUAUAGCUAAAAUAUA